GCGCGAAGUAUCCCGUUAUCACAUCCCAAACUCACGCGUGUUUACUGGCGGUCGGAAGCCUGCAGCUCGCCAUGACCCUUCAGCUGCGUAGCGGUUGUGGUGCGUGCGAGCAUGUUGGGUAUGUCGCUCAGCGCCGAGUUUUGAAUCACCUUGCUGCUUGGCGGGCACCAUCGUACCUCCGUCUUCGCCUUCCUUCCAGCGUCGAGCUUUCAGCCAAGCAGUAUGAACCACGACGAGAUGUCCAGACGGAUGCUGCGCCUCGACCGCCGCUGUUUGAACUUCGCGCAUCAGGUAGCACGGCACGAGUAUCGCAUUGCAUCUCAAGCUCAAGUGGUCAUGUUUCGCCAAAGACAUCACACUUGCCCGCGCCGCUCAAGGAGCCAUGGAUUGUGCACGAUGCUGGCGAAAGCGAAUGCUGGGCGAUAAUCGGGCCGGCAAUCGAAGCAGGAGGGGAGACAAAAGCGGCGCUGAUCCGAUUCCUCCUCGGUCGGCAUUCGCCCACGCAGCAUCCGCAUCUGACCACUUCGCAUCCUUUCUUGAGCACCAGCAAUCGCUCCGCCUCGCAGGCGAUGCAGCAUGUCACUUUCUCCACGCGCAUUGCCUCGUGUACUUCAGCAGGAGCCGGCGCGGGCAACUUCGUCGACUUCAGCGCGCGAUAUGGCGCGAUCCGUACCGUGGACAAAGUCACGCUGUACGAGAGCUUGUUGGAGCAGCUCGGCGUAUUUACAGGCAACAUUGCAGCCAUGAAGCUGCUACCUGAUCCGCUCGCGCCAGGUGCCGAAGCCGAUACCAAAGUCGAGGGUAUUGAAGGCGCCGACGCAGCUGAGUUGGGGCGCUUCAAGUGGAGCUCUGAGCAAGCGAGACGGAAGGGCAUCGCCGCGGCCCAGCACGCAGACGCGGUAGUGCGGAGUUCGGCCAAACUGCUCAAUCUCGAUGGCGAGCUGCUGCAUUGCCCUCUGAUCGCGCUUUCGAACGGACAGACGCGCCGCGCUCGCAUUUUAGCGACCCUGCUGGCCGGAGGCGAAUGCAUCAUCAUGGAGGAGCCGUACACCGGUCUGGAUCCGCCCACACGUGCCAAGGUCUCGAAGCUGCUGGCCGAGCUGCAUGCUAAGCGCGCACCACGGGUCAUAAUGGUGUUGCGGGAGCAGGACAGCUUGCCGAACUUCGUCACACAUGUUCUGCGCAUCGACGACGCAGGUGAGGUCGUCUCGAUGGGCCGGCUCAGCGGCAGUUCCGAGAGAGACAGCAGCAGCAGCGUGUCUGGUGUGCAUGCUGCAUUUGGCGCGAAUGCGCCUGGAGGGUAUGAUGUGGUUGUUGCCAAUGCCAAAAGAGGGAUCGGCCAAGGAGACAUGCAGGCUGCUGCCGUCGUUGAGUUGUCCGGUGUGACGAUUGCAUACAAGGGCAAGAAGGUCUUGUCGGAUGUCAGCAUGCGCAUAGCGCCUGGUAGCCGGACGGUGCUUGUCGGCGACAACGGCUCGGGCAAGACGACGCUAUUGUCGCUCCUGCUCGGCGAUCACCCGCUGUCGUACGCACUGCCCGCCGAGCAACUGCGUCUUUUCGGUGCCGCGCGGCGCGACCGCAGCAACUCGACGGUGCAUCUACAUGCCAAAGUGGGGCACUUCAGCCCAGAGCUGUUCAACGCUUUCCCGAGAAGACCUCUCGAGCUUGCAGGCCUCAGUGUGGGCGAGGCGGUCGCGAGCGGGUUCGAGAACAUCUUUACAAGACGCAGCUACUCUGGCGAGCAGAUGAGCCGCGUACACGCUCUGCUGGCGCACUUUGCUGACCUGUUGCGAAUCAAUGCGAAGUCCUCGGUCGCUAGUUCUAGCGCUGGCGGAACAUCAGGCAACGCUGACAACGUCGCACUGCUCGCAACGCAGCCGUUCAUGAACCUCACCGCGGGCUCUCAGGCGGUCGUGCUGUUCCUGCGCGCACUCGUUCAUGCGCCACAACUGCUUAUCCUCGACGAGCCGUUCCAGGGCAUGGACCGGCGACAGGUGCAGCGUGUGCGGCGCUUCAUUGACUCGGCGGGGAGCACGCAAGACGGCUGGGAAGGUGAUGUCUUUGUCACAGGCUCGAACGAGCAGGGGCGGGAGGCGGAUCGCAAAGCGCGACAGGGGAUGGCGGUCGUCGUCGUUAGCCACUAUGAAGAGGAAUGGCCGAGUACGUGCGGCAAGCUGCUGCGCCUGCAGGAGGGCGUUGUCUCAGAAUCAAUAUGAACAUUCAAAAC